AUGAAAGCAGUACGCUAUAUCCAAACAGCCGCAAGGUCUAGACCAUUGCAUCGCUUGCAUUCGCAAAGGACUUUUUGUCUAUCCUCGCCUUUCUUUUCUCGCCUCCACUCAUCAUCAUCAUCAUCAUCAUCAUCGUCUAAACUUUUACUAUCCACUCCCUACAAAAGACCCACAUCUCCAAGUUUGCAUUUCACGAGAUCACUUUUCAUUCAAACUGCGGAAACUCCCAAUGAUCAUGCACUCAAGUUCCUUCCUUCUUUGCAGAUUCUUGGUGAGAAUGAAACUCGUGAGUUUUUGAGUGGACGCGAAGCUCAUUCUUCGCCCCUUGCAGUACGAUUAUUUAGUAUAGAUGGGAUCAAGUCCAUCAUGUUUGGCUCCAACUUUAUAACUAUUGAGAAAUUGCCGCAAUACGAAUGGGCUUUACUCAAGCCUGAAAUCUUUUCUAUUCUCACGGAGUACUUGAAUCAGGGGCUUCCGAUUAUGAAUGAAGAAGAAGGCGCCUUGGCUGAUGACGUGGCUUUCAAUGAAGAUGACGAUGAAGUGGUGCAGAUGAUUAAGGAGUUGAUUUUCACAAGGAUUCGUCCCGCUAUUCAGGAUGAUGGUGGGGAUAUUGAGUUUGUCGAGUUUAGAGAAUCGGAUGGUACAGUAUUCUUGAGGCUCAAGGGGGCAUGCCGAUCGUGCGAUUCGAGUUCCGUGACAUUGAAAAAUGGGAUUGAGAGCAUGUUGAAACACUACAUUGAGGAAGUGCAAUCAGUUGAGCCUAUUGAAGAUGAGGCCGAGCCAGAGACUGUUGAAGAAGAAGCGAAGAUGGCUAAAUACCAGAGUAAGAUUAUCCCUAGAAGCAGAGAAAAUGAGGCCGAAGCACCACCGAGUCUAUAA